GGGGAAGUAAUAUCUGGCUCGAAGACAGGAGACCGUCGCAUACGCACCCGCUAUUCCCUCCGCAGCGAGUACCAGUUGAAUACUUGAGCGAACUGCGCAUAAGAUCAUGGUUGUUCUCGCUGCUUCAAUAUGCACCCGCGGGGGUAAGACGGUGCUUUCGCGCCAAUUCAAAGAGGUUCCACGAUCAAGGAUCGAAGCGUUGCUUGCAUCCUUCCCUAAACUCGCCGAUUCGGGUACGCAACACACCACCGUCGAACAGGACAACGUUCGCUUUGUAUACCAGCCGCUGGACGAGCUGUACAUUGUGCUCAUCACAAACCGACAAUCCAACAUCCUACAAGAUAUCGACAGUCUCCACCUCUUCGCACAAGUGACAACUAGCAUCUGCAGGAGUCUCGAUGAGCAGGAGAUUCUACGCAAUGCCUUCGAACUACUCAGUGCGUACGACGAACUGGUGACGCUUGGGUACAGGGAGAACUUGACCCUUUCCCAGAUAAAGACAUUCUUGGAAAUGGACAGUCAUGAAGAAAGGAUCCAGGAGAUCAUUGAAAGGAACAAAGAACUCGAGGUCAGCGAAGAACGCAAAAGGAAAGCGAAGCAACUGGAGAUGCAACGGAAGGAGGUUGCUCGUCGUAACAAGAUGGCUCCGAGACCACCAUCCUAUCCUGUCUACACGCCCCCUGCGCGUCCCACGAUGCCCGAGACAGAUACUUACGAGGCAGAGAGGUCGAAACCCAUUACUAAACAAUUUCCCGUCCGCGGGAAGGGAAUGCAGCUCGGAAAGAAGUCCAAGGCCACGGAUAUCUACGAGAAAGUUCGCGGAGAUGUUGAGUAAUGGCUCCUAUGAGGAACGAGGUACUGGAGAGACGUGUUAUCUAACUGGAGCGAAAAGGCUUGAAAUUGGUAGAAUAUGUAAUAACAUGCUUGCUAUUCUUAAAUUUGUUGAGACAGUGCUCAAAAUGAAAUAACCUAAC